UACAAGCAAUGUACUUUCGGAUUAUAUUUUCAAUGUUUUUCAUACGCAGAUUCAACGUGUGACCUAGCAUUCACAGGAAUUUCCUAUCUCGUUUAAGGAAUGAAUAAUAUUAUACCAAAAUAAGGAUAACGAAAACGCGUAGAUCUAUCUAGUAAACCAACUGAAUAUUCGAGUUGAUCGACAUGUAAACGUGAUUCAUUUGUAUGUUUCGAUUAAACUAGACGUAGUUACACUGGGAUAAUGAAGUCGAAUAAUUCGAAACCAAGUAGUAAAGAUUAUGGAAAAUAAUUCGAAGUCGGAUGUGUCAAACCUUUGCAAUCUUCAAGAACAUUUGUACAAUCAGGCGCUAGGAAAUUCGGAGUUAUGUGACGUCACAAUAUCCUUCGGAAGCAAGGAAAUGCGGGCUCACUGGUGUGUCCUGGUUCAGUGUCCAUACUUUCGUGCUAUGUAUAACGUGGGAAUGAAGGAGAAACGCGAAGGGAAAAUCCAAAUAUCUGAAGGGACGGAACAGGCUAUAAGAUCUGCAAUUGGCUUCAUAUACACCGGCAAGGUUUCACUGGAGUAUUCUAUGGUUGAGGACCUUCUUCAUGUAGCGGACUACUUUCAGAUUAAUUCCCUCACAGAUCUGUGCAAUAAUUUCCUACUCAAAUUAGAAUGGUGUCCGGAUAAUUGUAUUGAGAUCUACUUCCUCGCUAAACACUACAACUUAGAAUUGUUCAACAAGCUCAUGCACUUUAUUGCAAACAACUUAAUCGUCGUCAUUGAGGAACCGAAAAACGUGAAACAUAUUUCGACUGAUAUGAUAAACGAAUUAUCUCUAGUUGCUGUAGCAGAGAGCAUAGAACAAGAGGUGAUUUUCCAGUUCUACAGGAAAUGGCUUAAUUACGACGUUGUGGGUCGAAAAAUGGCGUUUGAGGAACUUUUCUGUUCGUUAAACCUUGAAGACACGACGCACACCUUUUUUGAGUCUUUAGCGUGCGAUUUCAUACAGAAUUUCCGGAAAUGUAGAGAAUUCUACCAAAAAACACGACAAGCGCUCUUGCGAUAUCAGUUGAAGCCUGAGCAUAACGUAAAAGACACGUUGCUCGUUAUUGCCGACCAUAUUGACCAUAGUUCGGACAGAAGGUCUCUGAUCCUGUGUGCGUACGUCAAAGACAUCAAUCGAUGGGCGUUUAUUGCCUCAGUGCCAUCGUCAAUCGAUCAUUCCUACGACGAUGAAAUAUUAAUUGGCGUUGACGAAAAUAACUACAGCGUUUAUACGUGCAAAAAUAACAUUUGGAAUUAUGGUGAGGAUUUUAGUUCGACUAAUCCUAAAUUACAUAUUAAUAAAUACGAUUUAAAAACUCAUGUUUGGACGGUAGAAAAAUACAAUUUGCCGAUACAAAAAUCAAUGGAAAUCGAUAUUAAGUGCAUAUCAUUUGUUGCCAAAAGAUUAUGUGUUUUAUUGACUCCAUUGAAUUCGUGGGGAGAACCUAAAUAUGUGACACUGUUGACAUACAAUGGACAAGAUAUUUGUGAUGAAACUGUUAUACUAAAGCUGAGUAGACAUUUCACAAACGUCGUUUCAGUGAAAACUUGCAUUGUCAAAAAUCGUUACUUGGUAAUCAUGGUAACUAUACUAAACAAUCAUGGCACGGAAAAACAGGUCAAGGUCGUGAUCAAGGACGUUCAUACCAAAAAACUAAAGCGACAUAAAAUGAUUCCGCAAGCAAUGCCGGACAACAUGAGCAUUUUUGACACGGAGGAGUUGGUUUGUGACACGUUUGAUGGAGUUUUGAUGACCAAGGUUGACAGUGACAAUUACAAGUUUCUCAACGUAGAAAAUGGGCAAGUGUCUUCGAGAAAUGGAAAAAUUAUUCCCAGACAUUUUCUAUCGGAUGAGGACGCUGAUAACGCUAACGUCGACGACGAGGAAUUUGAAUCUUACCUUCGAACUGGUAAUGGGCUUAACUCCCUGUCCGUGUUCGACGACCGAACCGACACGUUUUCUAUGUUUGAUUUUGUUUCGGGCGAUGUCCAUAAAGUCCCCAUUUUACAGUACAGGGUUGUGUCGCAGUGCAUUAUCCACGUGCCGCUGUCGUCGGAUCUCCUGAGGUGUUCCGUUGAUUGCAAACAGUGCUUGUACGAACUGAUGUGACAGUAAUUGUUUCUGCCGCUUGUUGCGUUAAACAUGAUGCACUUUCCAGGCUUGCAAUCCGUAUUUCAUUUCACAUAAAACAAGCAUGUUGACCUGUUGUUUUUGCGUUCUAAUGUCUUAAAAUGUUUAUUACCGUAAAACUUAAAACCUCGUACAAAUAGUUCAUUGAGUUUUUAAAACAUUUAGGCUUUUUUUUUUAAACAACUGAUCAUCAAAAAAUGCUUUCAAAUUUAAGGACGUCAUACCCAAUACUGAUUUUUAUUCUUUCUGAAAAUGUAAAAUUAAGUUUGUAAUAAUUUUUGCGAAAAAUUCAUUUUCUUUCGAAUGUCAGAGUCCAACAAAAUGAGCAGGGAACAACUGCAGUAAAUGAACUUAGAUCCAUUGCCACGGACUAACAGAUCUAUACAGAUCACAGAUCUAAUAUCGCCGAAAAUUACCAGACAUUCAGAACAAUAUUUUCAUAUCAGUCGAUCAAAAAAAAACAUAUAAAUAUUCACACAUUGAUGAUGAUGAUGACGACGAUAAUGACGUACAAAAUUAAGAUGAUGAUGAUGUUAUUGUUUGUUUUGUUUAAAUGAAAAUUUGAAGAAAAAAAUGUGUUUAAAGGUU